GAGUAUGUAACGUGAGUAACGAAACAAGGCGGUGCCGUGUUUCCGGACGGAUUCCACGAAAAAGCCGGACGCUAAUCUCCAAAUCGAUGUUAAAAAUUAUCGGAUGCUUCGCGUCGACGUUCCGGAAGAAUCUGUCAAACGCGCGAUAACGAAAGCUGUCUUUCUCGCUGUAUAAUUCGAAUCUUUUCUCAUCUAAGUAUCAAUAUUAUAAUAUGAUUGUGUCAUCAAAUACUGAUGCCGAAAAAGAAAUUGAAGAUCCUGUUGAGCGGAUGUUAAAAAAGACCGGUUGCGUGGAAUUGCAUUAUCAAGUUCAAGAAUGUAUAGCUGAACAUAAAGAUUGGAGGAAAUGUCAAAAUGAAGUAAAAAAGUUUAAGGAAUGUAUGGCUGAACACACAAAGCAGCAAGAAUCAAAACAAUAAUAGAUAUCUGAAUUCAAAGAUGUGGUUAAUAAAUAGAUAUAUUAAAUCUUUCUUUGCUCCUGUUUGGAAAGGACAAAAUUGUAAAAUGGUAAUAGUAGUUCGGUCAGAUAUACCUAUGGGAAAAGGUAAAAUCGGUGCUCAGUGUGCUCAUG